AAACAUGUGGAGAAAAAAAGUCUCAAAUUAACUGCUAAAGACUUGAGAAGAAUUAAAUGCGAAGCUGCCAGGAACCCAUUAACCUCCAGUGCCGCCAUAUUCCAGAGAUGCAGAGACAUGGCCCAGGUGCAUUUCUUGCUGCCAUACUGUUUCUUCGCCAUGCUUGUUGGAGUACCGGUGUUCCUGCUGGAGUCUGCGAUUGGUCAGUACACCCAGGAGGGCACCAUCACCUGCUGGAGGAAGAUCUGUCCUUUGGGUGAAGGUAUUGGCUAUGCUUUCAUUGUGAUCCAGCUGUUUGCUCGACUCUACACUAUUAUUAUAGCCUGGUCUCUGUUCUACCUUGGCUCCGCCUUUAAUGCAUCACUACCUUGGGCCACCUGUAAUAACACCUGGAAUACAGACAGAUGUGUGGAGCUCACCUCUCCAAACUGGACAUCGGAACACAACGCUAACUGGACAGGAAACUGGACACAUGAAACCGUGACCAAGUCUUCAGUGUCUGAGUUCUGGGAGAGACGAGUGCUGGGCAUGUCUGCAGGUCUAGAAGAGGUGGGCAAGGUGAGGUGGGAGCUGGUGUUGUGCCUGCUGGCUUCCUGGAUAGGCCUCUACUUCUGCAUCUGGAAAGGGAUCCGCACCACUGGAAAGGUGGUGUAUUUCACGGCUCUGUUCCCCUACGUGAUGCUGGCCAUCCUGCUGGUCAGGGGUUUGACGCUGCCAGGAGCCUGGCAGGGCCUUGUCUUCUACCUGUACCCAGAUCCUUCACGCCUGCUCGACCUUCAGGUGUGGAUGGCAGCAUGUUCUCAAGUCCUCUUCUCCUACGGUCUUGCAGCAGGAGCCCUGACUGUAAUGGGAAGCUACAACAAAACAUCAAACAACAUUUACAAGGACAGUCUGUGGCUGUGUGCGCUGAACAGCGGCACCAGCUUCGUGGCCGGAUUUGCUGUCUUCUCUGCUCUGGGCUUCAUAGCCCAUCAGCAAGGAGUUCCCAUCGACAUGGUGACCGAGUCAGGCCCGGGGUUGGCGUUCAUCGCAUAUCCUCAGGCUGCAGCCAUGAUGCCGCUGUCUCAGCUCUGGGCUGUCUGCUUCUUCAUCAUGCUCAUUCUGCUGGCAGUGGACUCUCUGUUUUCAGGUCUGGAGACAAUAACAUCAACAGUGAUUGAUAUGUUCCCACACCAAAUGCGCAGACCAUGGCGUAGGGAACUCUUCCUCCUCUUCUUUUGCUUUUCUGUCUUCCUCAUACAGCUCCCUCUCACCACUGAGGGAGGAAUCUACCAGUUCCAGCUGAUAGACUACUAUGGAGCUAAUGGAGCAUGUUUACUGUUUUUGUGUCUGGCCGAGUGUGUCGCUGUCAGCUGGGCCUUUGGGGCUGAUCGGAUGUGUGAUGCUAUUGAGGAAAUGGUCGGCCAGAGGCCGUGCCUCCUCUUCAAGCUGUGCUGGCGUUACAUCUCCCCUCUGAUCUGCCUGGUUUGCUUUAUCUGCUCCUUUCUGGACUACCAGCCCCUCACAUCCAAGUGGGGUUAUGUGUACCCAGCCUGGGCAUAUGGGCUGGGCUGGGCCAUGGCCCUGUCCUCCAUCGUGGUGGUGCCCAUCUGUGGCGUCUGUAAGGUCUGUGUAACCGAGGGCAGCCUCCGCCAGCGCCUUUCUGUCCUGUGGUGUCCUGCUGUUGACCCUGUCAGUGAAAACCAGCGGCAGACAGAAACAUCAAUAGUAUCUUCCAAAUACUUGACAGAUCAGCCUCUUGUCCCAAUGUUGCUGAAUCACUAGAUGGGGUGUAACACUAUGGUUCAGAAACCACAAAAUGAAUAGUUUGUUACAUCCCCCAUACUUUCUUUGUUUCCCCCCUAAACCCUC